GGAAAACUUAUCCAUUUCGGGGAGCAUUUCCACCUGUGUGGAACCCCAUCGCAUAUCUGGAUUACAACAACCUGUGGCGAACAAUGGAUAACAUGGGAAAGGAGAUUCCAGCUGAUGCACCGUGGCAGGCCCCUCAUGCUGAAGAAUGGGACAAGAUGACCAUGAAAGAUCUCAUUGAUAAAAUCUGCUGGACAAAGACUGCUAAGGAGUUUGCUUCUCUUUUUGUGAACAUCAAUGUGACCUCUGAGCCCCAUGAGGUGUCUGCACUAUGGUUCUUGUGGUAUGUGAAGCAGUGUGGUGGCACUACUCGGAUAUUCUCAAUCACCAAUGGAGGCCAGGAACGGAAGUUUGUAGGUGGAUCUGGUCAAGUGAGUGAGCGGAUUAUGGACCUCCUUGGGGAUCGAGUGAAGCUGAGCCGUCCUGUCACCUAUAUUGACCAGUCAGGUGACAACAUCAUUGUAGAGACACUGAAUCAUGAACUGUAUGAGUGCAAAUACGUAAUUAAUGCCAUCCCUCCGACAUUGACUGCCAAGAUCCACUUCAAACCAGAGCUUCCACCAGAGAGAAACCAGUUAAUUCAGCGUCUUCCAAUGGGGGCUAUCAUUAAGUGCAUGAUGUAUUACAGGGAAGCCUUCUGGAAGAAAAAGGAUUAUUGUGGCUGCAUGAUCAUUGAAGAUGAAGAAGCUCCAAUCGCAAUCACUCUGGAUGACACCAAACCAGAUGGAUCGGUGCCUGCCAUCAUGGGCUUCAUACUUGCUCGGAAAGCUGAUCGACUUGCUAAGCUCCAUAAAGAAAUAAGGAAAAGGAAAAUCUGUGAGCUGUAUGCCAAAGUUCUGGGAUCUGAAGAAGCUUUACAACCAGUGCAUUAUGAAGAGAAGAACUGGUGUGAGGAGCAGUAUUCGGGGGGCUGCUACACGGCCUACUUCCCCCCUGGGAUCAUGACUCAAUAUGGAAGGGUGAUUCGACAGCCAGUGGGCAGGAUUUACUUUGCUGGCACAGAGACUGCCACGCGAUGGAGUGGCUACAUGGAAGGAGCAGUCGAGGCUGGAGAACGGGCAGCUAGAGAGGUCUUGAAUGCUCUGGGGAAGGUGGCCAAGAAAGACAUAUGGAUUCAAGAACCUGAAUCUAAGGAUGUUCCACCAAUUGAAAUCACUCAUACCUUCUUGGAGAGAAAUCUGCCUUCUGUGCCUGGCCUGCUGAAAAUCAUUGGUGUUUCCACCUCUAUAACUACCCUCUGGAUUAUAUUGUACAAACUCAGGCUGCUCCCACGAUCCUAAAGUUUUACCCUCUGUCUUCCUGCUUACUCGUCCUUAGCACUAUCACCAACAAAAAGAAAAUGUGGACGAAUUACAAGCUGUGUCAUUGGGCCAUUUAAGUGCACUUGAUUUAGCCCUCCUUAGAUUAAUCUCAGUGUGUUAAAAACAACCCAAAG